CGCUCCCCGCCCUCUUCCCGGGCCUGGGCGCCGGCCGCCCCGUCCCUCCGCCGCCCCCCGGCCGCGGGGAGGACAUGGCCGCGCACAGGCCGGUGGAAUGGGUCCAGGCCGUGGUCAACCGCUUCGACGAGCAGCUUCCAAUAAAAACAGGACAGCAGAACACACAUACCAAAGUCAGUACCGAACACAACAAGGAAUGUCUUAUCAAUAUUUCCAAAUACAAGUUUUCUUUGGUUAUAAGUGGCCUCACUACUAUUUUAAAGAAUGUUAACAAUAUGAGAAUAUUUGGAGAAGCUGCUGAAAAAAAUUUAUAUCUCUCUCAGUUGAUUAUAUUGGAUACACUGGAAAAAUGUCUUGCUGGGCAACCAAAGGACACAAUGAGAUUAGAUGAAACAAUGCUGGUCAAACAGUUGCUGCCAGAAAUCUGCCAUUUUCUUCACACCUGUCGCGAAGGAAACCAACAUGCAGCUGAGCUUCGGAAUUCUGCCUCUGGAGUUUUAUUUUCUCUCAGCUGCAACAACUUCAAUGCAGUCUUUAGUCGCAUUUCUACCAGGUUACAGGAAUUGACCGUUUGUUCGGAAGACAAUGUUGAUGUUCAUGAUAUAGAAUUGUUACAGUAUAUCAAUGUGGAUUGUGCGAAAUUAAAACGACUCUUGAAGGAAACAGCAUUUAAAUUUAAAGCCCUAAAGAAGGUUGCACAGUUAGCUGUUAUAAAUAGCCUGGAAAAAGCAUUUUGGAACUGGGUAGAAAAUUAUCCAGAUGAAUUUACAAAGCUAUACCAGAUUCCACAGACAGAUAUGGCUGAGUGUGCAGAAAAGCUUUUUGACUUGGUGGAUGGUUUUGCUGAAAGCACCAAACGUAAAGCAGCAGUUUGGCCACUACAAAUCAUUCUUCUUAUCUUGUGUCCAGAAAUAAUCCAGGAUAUAUCCAGGGAUGUGGUUGAUGAAAACAACAUGAAUAAGAAGUUGUUUCUGGACAGUCUACGUAAAGCACUUGCUGGCCAUGGAGGAAGCAGGCAGCUGACUGAAAGUGCUGCAAUUGCCUGUGUCAAACUGUGUAAAGCAAGUACCUACAUCAAUUGGGAAGAUAACUCUGUCAUUUUCCUACUAGUUCAGUCUAUGGUGGUUGAUCUUAAGAACCUGCUCUUUAAUCCAAGCAAACCAUUCUCAAGAGGCAGCCAGCCUGCAGAUGUGGAUCUAAUGAUUGACUGCCUUGUUUCUUGCUUUCGUAUAAGCCCUCACAACAACCAACACUUUAAGAUCUGCCUGGCUCAGAAUUCCCCUUCUACAUUUCACUAUGUGCUGGUAAAUUCCCUCCAUCGAAUCAUCACCAAUUCUGCAUUGGAUUGGUGGCCAAAGAUUGAUGCCGUAUAUUGUCACUCAGUUGAACUUCGAAAUAUGUUUGGUGAAACACUUAAUAAAGCAGUGCAAGGCUGUGGAGCACACCCAGCAAUACGAAUGGCACCGAGUCUUACAUUUAAAGAAAAAGUAACAAGCCUUAAAUUUAAAGAAAAACCUACAGACCUGGAGACAAGAAGUUAUAAGUACCUUCUCUUGUCCAUGGUGAAACUAAUUCAUGCAGAUCCAAAGCUCUUGCUUUGUAAUCCAAGAAAACAGGGGCCUGAAACCCAAGGCAGUACAGCGGAAUUAAUUACAGGGCUUGUCCAACUGGUUCCUCAGUCACACAUGCCAGAGAUUGCUCAGGAAGCCAUGGAGGCUCUGCUGGUUCUUCAUCAAUUAGAGAGCAUUGAUUUGUGGAACCCUGAUGCUCCUGUAGAAACAUUUUGGGAAAUUAGUUCACAAAUGCUUUUUUACAUCUGCAAGAAAUUAACUAGCCAUCAAAUGCUUAGUAGCACAGAAAUUCUCAAAUGGUUGCGGGAAAUUCUGAUCUGCAGGAAUAAAUUUCUUCUUAAAAAUAAGCAGGCAGAUAGAAGCUCCUGUCACUUUCUAUUCCUUUAUGGGCUAGGAUGUGACAUUCCUUCAAGUGGAAAUACCAGUCAAAUGUCCAUGGAUCAUGAAGAGUUACUCCGUACUUGUACUCCUGGAGCCUCUCUCCGGAAGGGAAAAGGAAACUCAUCCAUGGAUAGUGCAGCAGGGUGCAGUGGAACCCCACCGAUAUGCCGACAAGCCCAAACCAAACUGGAAGUGGCCCUGUACAUGUUUCUGUGGAGCCCUGACACUGAAGCUGUUCUGGUUGCCAUGUCCUGUUUCCGCCACCUCUGUGAGGAAGCGGACAUCCGGUGUGGGGUGGAUGAAGUAUCGGUGCACAACUUCUUGCCCAACUAUAACACAUUCAUGGAAUUUGCCUCUGUCAGCAAUAUGAUGUCAACAGGAAGAACAGCACUUCAGAAAAGAGUGAUGGCACUACUAAGGCGCAUUGAGCAUCCCACUGCAGGAAACACUGAGGCUUGGGAAGAUACACACGCAAAAUGGGAACAAGCUACAAAACUAAUCCUCAACUAUCCAAAAGCUAAAAUGGAAGAUGGCCAGGCUGCUGAAAGCCUUCACAAGACCAUUGUUAAGAGGCGAAUGUCUCAUGUGAGUGGAGGAGGAUCCAUAGAUUUGUCUGACACCGACUCCCUACAGGAAUGGAUCAACAUGACUGGCUUUCUUUGUGCUCUUGGGGGCGUGUGCCUGCAGCAGAGAAGCAAUUCUGGCCUAGCAACCUAUAGCCCACCCAUGGGCCCAGUCAGUGAACGCAAGGGUUCCAUGAUUUCAGUGAUGUCCUCAGAAGGAAAUGCAGACACACCCGUCAGCAAAUUUAUGGAUCGACUGCUGUCCUUAAUGGUGUGUAACCAUGAGAAAGUGGGACUUCAGAUAAGGACCAAUGUGAAGGAUCUGGUGGGUCUGGAAUUGAGUCCUGCUCUUUAUCCAAUGCUAUUUAACAAAUUGAAGAAUACCAUCAGCAAAUUCUUUGACUCACAAGGACAGGUUUUAUUGACUGAUACCAAUACUCAAUUUGUAGAGCAAACUAUAGCUAUUAUGAAGAACUUACUAGAUAAUCAUACUGAAGGCAGCUCUGAACACUUGGGGCAAGCUAGCAUUGAAACAAUGAUGUUAAAUUUGGUCAGAUAUGUCCGUGUGCUUGGGAACAUGGUUCAUGCGAUUCAAAUAAAAACGAAACUGUGUCAGUUAGUCGAGGUAAUGAUGGCAAGGAGAGAUGACCUCUCAUUUUGUCAAGAGAUGAAAUUUAGGAAUAAGAUGGUAGAAUACUUGACAGACUGGGUUAUGGGAACAUCAAAUCAAGCAGCAGAUGAUGAUGUAAAAUGUCUUACAAGAGAUUUGGACCAGGCAAGCAUGGAAGCAGUAGUUUCACUCCUGGCUGGCCUUCCGCUGCAGCCUGAGGAAGGAGAUGGUGUGGAACUAAUGGAAGCCAAAUCACAGUUAUUUCUUAAGUAUUUCACAUUGUUUAUGAACCUUUUGAAUGACUGUAGUGAAGUUGAAGAUGAAAAUGCACAAACAGGUGGCAGGAAACGUGGCAUGUCUCGGAGGCUGGCGUCACUGAGGCACUGUACAGUCCUUGCAAUGUCAAACUUACUCAAUGCUAACGUGGACAGUGGCCUCAUGCAUUCCAUAGGUUUAGGUUAUCACAAAGAUCUCCAGACAAGAGCUACAUUUAUGGAAGUUCUGACUAAAAUCCUUCAACAAGGCACAGAAUUUGACACACUUGCUGAAACGGUGUUGGCAGAUCGGUUUGAGAGACUGGUGGAGCUGGUCACGAUGAUGGGUGAUCAGGGAGAGCUCCCUAUAGCUAUGGCUCUGGCCAAUGUGGUUCCUUGUUCUCAGUGGGAUGAACUAGCUCGAGUUCUAGUGACUCUAUUUGAUUCUCGGCAUUUACUCUACCAACUGCUCUGGAACAUGUUUUCUAAGGAAGUAGAAUUGGCAGACUCCAUGCAGACUCUUUUUCGAGGGAACAGCUUAGCUAGUAAAAUAAUGACCUUCUGUUUCAAGGUAUAUGGUGCUACCUACCUACAAAAACUCCUGGAUCCUUUAUUACGAAUUGUGAUCACAUCCUCUGAUUGGCAACAUGUUAGCUUUGAAGUGGAUCCUACCAGGUUAGAACAGUCAGAGAGCCUUGAGGAUAACCAGCGAAACCUCCUUCAGAUGACUGAUAAGUUCUUCCAGGCCAUCAUCAGUUCCUCCUCAGAAUUUCCCCCUCAGCUUCGAAGUGUGUGCCACUGUUUAUACCAGGCAACUUGCCACUCCCUACUGAAUAAAGCUACAGUAAAAGAAAAAAAGGAAAACAAAAAAUCAGUGGUUAGCCAACGUUUCCCUCAGAACAGCAUCGGUGCAGUAGGAAGUGCCAUGUUCCUCAGAUUUAUCAAUCCUGCCAUUGUCUCACCAUAUGAAGCAGGCAUUUUAGAUAAAAAGCCACCACCUAGAAUCGAAAGGGGCUUGAAGUUAAUGUCAAAGAUACUUCAGAGUAUUGCCAAUCAUGUUCUCUUCACAAAAGAAGAGCAUAUGCGGCCUUUUAAUGAUUUUGUGAAAAGCAACUUUGAUGCAGCACGAAGGUUUUUCCUUGAUAUAGCAUCUGAUUGCCCUACAAGUGAUGCAGUAAAUCAUAGUCUUUCCUUCAUCAGUGAUGGCAAUGUGCUUGCUUUACAUCGUCUACUCUGGAACAAUCAAGAGAAAAUUGGCCAGUAUCUUUCCAGCAACAGGGAUCACAAAGCUGUUGGAAGACGACCUUUUGAUAAGAUGGCAACGCUUCUUGCAUACCUGGGUCCUCCAGAGCACAAACCUGUGGCAGAUACACACUGGUCCAGCCUUAAUCUUACCAGUUCAAAGUUUGAGGAAUUUAUGACUAGGCAUCAAGUACAUGAAAAAGAGGAGUUCAAGGCUUUGAAAACAUUAAAUAUUUUCUACCAAGCUGGGACUUCCAAAGCUGGGAAUCCUAUAUUUUAUUAUGUUGCACGGAGGUUCAAAACUGGUCAAAUCAAUGGUGAUUUGCUAAUAUACCACGUCUUGCUGACUUUAAAGCCAUAUUAUGCAAAGCCAUAUGAAAUUGUAGUGGACCUUACCCAUACUGGGCCGAGCAAUCGCUUUAAAACGGACUUUCUCUCUAAGUGGUUUGUUGUUUUUCCUGGCUUUGCUUAUGACAAUGUCUCUGCAGUUUAUAUCUAUAACUGUAACUCCUGGGUCAGGGAGUACACCAAGUAUCACGAGCGGCUGCUGACAGGCCUCAAAGGUAGCAAAAGGCUCAUUUUCAUAGACUGUCCUGGGAAACUGGCUGAGCACAUAGAGCACGAACAGCAGAAGCUACCCGCUGCCACCUUGGCGUUAGAAGAGGACCUGAAGGUGUUCCACAAUGCUCUCAGGCUGGCUCACAAAGACACCAAGGUUUCUAUCAAAGUUGGUUCUACUGCUGUUCAGGUAACCUCAGCAGAGCGAACAAAAGUCCUGGGGCAGUCCGUCUUUCUCAAUGAUAUCUAUUAUGCUUCGGAAAUUGAAGAAAUCUGCCUAGUGGAUGAGAACCAGUUCACCUUAACCAUUGCAAACCAGGGCACACCGCUCACCUUCAUGCACCAGGAGUGUGAUGCCAUUGUCCAGUCUAUCAUUCACAUCCGGACGCGCUGGGAGCUGUCGCAGCCGGAUUCUAUCCCCCAGCACACCAAGAUUCGGCCAAAAGAUGUCCCUGGGACGCUGCUCAAUAUCGCAUUACUUAAUUUAGGCAGUUCAGAUCCUAGUUUACGGUCAGCUGCCUAUAAUCUUCUGUGUGCCUUAACCUGUACCUUUAAUUUAAAAAUCGAGGGUCAGUUACUAGAGACGUCAGGUUUAUGUAUCCCUGCCAACAACACCCUCUUUAUUGUCUCCAUUAGUAAGACGCUGGCCGCCAAUGAGCCACACCUCACCUUAGAAUUUUUGGAAGAGUGUAUUUCUGGAUUUAGCAAAUCUAGUAUUGAAUUGAAACACCUUUGUUUAGAAUACAUGACUCCAUGGCUGUCAAAUCUUGUCCGAUUUUGUAAGCACAAUGAUGAUGCCAAACGACAAAGAGUCACUGCUAUUCUUGAUAAGCUGAUAACAAUGACCAUAAAUGAGAAACAGAUGUACCCAUCUAUUCAAGCAAAAAUAUGGGGGAGCCUUGGGCAGAUUACAGAUCUCCUUGAUGUUGUACUGGACAGUUUCAUCAAAACCAGUGCAACAGGUGGCUUGGGAUCAAUAAAAGCUGAGGUCAUGGCAGAUACUGCUGUAGCUCUGGCUUCUGGAAACGUGAAAUUGGUUUCAAGCAAGGUUAUUGGAAGGAUGUGCAAAAUAAUUGAUAAGACAUGCUUAUCUCCAACGCCUACUUUAGAACAACAUCUUAUGUGGGACGAUAUUGCUAUUCUAGCACGCUACAUGCUGAUGCUGUCCUUCAACAACUCCCUGGACGUAGCAGCUCAUCUCCCCUACCUCUUCCAUGUGGUUACUUUCUUGGUGGCCACAGGGCCACUCUCGCUUAGAGCUUCCACACAUGGAUUGGUCAUUAAUAUCAUUCACUCUCUGUGUACCUGUACACAGCUUCAUUUUAGUGAAGAGACCAAGCAAGUUUUGAGACUUAGUUUGACAGAGUUCUCAUUGCCCAAAUUUUACUUGCUGUUUGGCAUCAGCAAAGUCAAGUCUGCCGCUGUCAUCGCCUUCCGCUCCAGUUACCGGGACAGGUCAUUCUCUCCUGGCUCCUACGAGAGGGAGACUUUUGCUUUGACAUCCUUGGAAACAGUCACAGAGGCAUUGCUGGAGAUCAUGGAGGCAUGUAUGAGAGAUAUUCCGACAUGCAAGUGGCUGGACCAGUGGACAGAACUAGCUCAAAGAUUUGCAUUUCAGUAUAAUCCAUCCCUUCAACCAAGAGCUCUUGUUGUCUUUGGCUGCAUCAGCAAACGAGUGGCUCAUGGGCAGAUAAAGCAGAUUAUCCGUAUUCUCAGCAAGGCACUUGAGAGUUGCUUAAAAGGACCUGAUACUUACAACAGUCAAGUUCUGAUAGAAGCUACAGUAAUAGCACUAACCAAAUUACAACCACUUCUUAAUAAGGACUCCCCUCUGCACAAAGCCCUCUUUUGGGUAGCUGUGGCCGUGCUGCAGCUCGAUGAGGUCAACUUGUAUUCAGCAGGCACCGCACUUCUUGAACAAAACCUGCACACCUUAGACAGUCUCCGGAUAUUCAAUGACAAGAGUCCAGAGGAAGUGUUUAUGGCAAUCCGGAAUCCUCUGGAAUGGCACUGCAAGCAAAUGGAUCAUUUUGUGGGACUCAAUUUCAACUCUAAUUUUAACUUCGCACUGGUUGGACACCUCUUAAAAGGGUACAGACAUCCUUCACCUGCCAUUGUUGCAAGAACUGUCAGAAUUUUGCAUACGCUACUAACUCUAGUUAACAAACAUAGAAAUUGUGACAAAUUUGAGGUGAAUACACAGAGCGUGGCUUACUUAGCAGCUUUACUCACAGUGUCUGAGGAGGUUCGAAGUCGCUGUAGCCUAAAACAUAGAAAGUCUCUUCUUCUUACUGAUAUUUCAAUGGAAAAUGUUCCUAUGGAUACAUAUCCCAUUCAUCACAGUGACCCUAGCUAUAGGACACUGAAGGAGAAUCAACCAUGGUCCUCUCCCAAAGGUUCUGAAGGGUACCUUGCAGCCACGUAUCCAACAGUGGGCCAGACCAGUCCCCGGGCCAGGAAAUCCAUGAGCUUGGACAUGGGGCAGCCUUCUCAGGCCAACACGAAGAAGUUACUUGGAACAAGGAAAAGUUUUGAUCACUUGAUAUCAGACACAAAGGCUCCUAAAAGGCAAGAAAUGGAAUCAGGAAUCACAACACCGCCCAAAAUGAGGAGAGUAGCAGAAACUGAUUAUGAAAUGGAAACUCCAAGGAUUUCCUCAUCACAACAGCACCCACAUUUACGUAAAGUUUCAGUGUCAGAAUCAAAUGUUCUCUUGGAUGAGGAAGUACUUACUGAUCCAAAGAUCCAAGCACUUCUUCUUACUGUCCUGGCUACACUGGUAAAAUAUACCACGGAUGAGUUUGAUCAACGAAUUCUUUAUGAGUACUUAGCAGAAGCCAGUGUUGUUUUCCCCAAAGUUUUUCCUGUUGUGCACAAUUUGUUGGACUCUAAGAUCAACACUCUGUUGUCAUUGUGCCAAGAUCCAAAUUUAUUAAAUCCAAUUCAUGGAAUUGUGCAGAGUGUGGUGUACCAUGAAGAAUCCCCACCACAAUACCAAACUUCUUACCUGCAAAGUUUUGGUUUUAAUGGCUUGUGGCGGUUUGCAGGACCCUUUUCAAAACAAACACAAAUCCCAGACUAUGCUGAGCUUAUUGUUAAGUUUCUUGAUGCCUUGAUUGACACGUAUUUGCCUGGAAUUGAUGAAGAAACCAGUGAGGAGUCCCUCCUGACACCCACAUCUCCUUAUCCUCCUGCAGUGCAGAGCCAGCUUAGUAUCACUGCUAACCUUAACCUUUCUAAUUCCAUGACCUCACUUGCAACUUCCCAGCAUUCCCCAGGAAUCGACAAGGAGAACGUUGAACUCUCCCCAACCGCCGGGCACUGUAACAGUGGACGAACUCGCCAUGGAUCCGCAAGCCAAGUGCAGAAGCAGAGAAGCACUGGCAGUUUCAAACGUAAUAGCAUUAAGAAGAUCGUGUGAAGCUUUCUUUGUUUCCUUUUUCAAACAGACCUGACGUACGUACGUACGUACGCGGGCUCUGCACUGGGGACCCCUCACCACCGGCUGGGAUGCUGCACUUCCUGGUUCUAAAGAGCCCACCCGGCUGCCGUGAUGCCAGAUGAUCAACUCUAGGAAGCAUUGCCUCAGUUAAUGCUGCUUUUCCUGUAACUGUUUCUCCCUCCUACGCUCGGUGUGUCUGGUUUAGGCAAGUGUGCAGAACAGCUUCAGAGAGUGUGGGAGGGCAGGACGCUUGAACUGAGAGCAUGGCAGUGGUGAGAGAGACUGGAUUCUUUCCUCCUGCCGGCUGGGAAGGCCAUGGGCACAGAGCCCGCCUCUGGUUUCCUCUUCCUCAGACAAAGGGAAGUGUCGGUCUGUGUACACACUUUCCAAGAUAGACGUUUAUGGGAGAAAUAAUAUUAUAACCCCAGUAUAUUUAAUCCGACUUUUAGCUGUGGACUUUUUUUACCUUACAAAACCGAAGGAGCCAUAAAGGUCAGGCCUCAGUGGCUUCAUACCAUUAGCCACAGGCGAGGUACUUCGGGGGGUGGCGGGAUUUACUAUUUUGUAGUGGGUUCUUAAGAAAUACUAACACUUGAGUAUUAGCAAUAAUUACAGGAAAAUAAGUGUAACCACAUAUUAGCUUAACAUUACCGAAUUACAGCGAUGGGUUCUGAGGCCUUAUCCAAACUCAGUCAUCCAAACUAGUUUAUUUUUUUCCAGCUGAUUAUGUUUUAAUCUUUACUAUGCUAAAAAGUUGUUUUUUUUUUGUUUUUAUAAACCAAAACUAUACUAAGUAUAGUAAUUACACAUUUUCCGCUCCUCCUCCUCUUUCCUAAAUAAUUCUGAGCAGGGUAAUCCGUGAACAAAGGGUUGAAAAUUGUUCCGAGAAGGUAACUUGUAUAGAUGUUUGCAUUAGCUCCAGAGCAACAUGAAAUGGUACGUGACUUUUUGAGUAGCUAUUGCUUUUACUUUGCUUAAUAAUUUCCCAGAAAGAGGGAGUAUGGUGUAUAGUAACAAAAAUGUCUUUGACAAAACAUAGUUUGUCUUAUAUUUUUCCCCUUUCCCUCCAAAAGAAUCAGGAAUUUCUUUAGCCAAACAUUUGGGUUGUAUAUGAUAGAAUUGCAUUUAAUCACUGUGAAAAGACUAAUCAGCCUGCAUUAGUGUGACUGUAAGGGACCUUAAGAGGUGCUGCUCUACUGAAUGGGACGGAUUAUCAUGGCGUGGCGGUUUCCAUAGUAACGCAGACCCAGUGUCUUUGGGGUACCUGCAGUGUGCAAAACAAUUCGACUUCAGUGAGCAUGUAGUAUCUAAACGCUCCAAUUCAGGACUAACCCAUAUUUAUUACAAAAAGAUAUUCUCCCCGAGUCCCAGGUUCCCUUCAGACAUUAGGAUGUAGUGCUGUUUCCUAGUGGAUUUCAGUAAAUUCAAUUCCACAGCUCAAUCAAUGAAUAAUGGUACAUGUAAGUGUUCUGGUUUUAAUAAUAUAACACAUUUCACAUUUAUCCACACAGUAACAAUGUAAUAUGUUCAUGUAAAUAAAAUUGCUUUUGAUAUUCAGAAAUAACAAGAAUUUAAUCUUUUUAAUUUGUUUACAGUCCUGGGAAAAGUAAGAACCAUUUGCCAAAAUAAAAGGAAAAAAAACCUUAGUAUUAAUAGGUAUUUUGACAUAAAAUUAUUGGAAAAUAUUGAAGACAGGUGCAAUUAACUAAACUUUUGUUUUUAACUAUCGUAGAGGCUGCAUUAGAAUAGAUUGUUUAUAAUAACAGAGCAACUAAGACUAUAAAGAAUCUAAGACUAGCACUGGGUGUAGAACAGUCACUGACAGCCCAGUGCCCAGGAUGCCAAGCUGCUGUCCGGUCUUGGCUCUCGCACAACCCAGGGCUUCGCGGCAGGUUUCACCCCUCCUUGGCUCCUGGAAUAAAGACCAACAUGAGCCUUCAAUCAUUUUGGUUUCCUGUUUUUCUUCUUUGUCGGUUAGUUUGGUGCACAUGACAGUGGGUAUUGUUGUGCUGUUUUCCUUCUCGCAUCAAAAUAGAUAAACUUCCAAAGGUUUCCUGUUAAAAAAAUAUUUAUCUUUCCAUAAACACGUUUUCCAAGGUAUGGUAUUUCUUAAAGGUAUGCACUGCCCUCUAGUGUAAUGAAUGGAAUGAAUUCACUUGAAGUACCUCCUGAAAUGAUCAGCGUUGCACAAAUCAAAUUGAACCUUCUUUGAAAUACAAGCAUACUUUUGACCAGUACUUCCUGAGAAUUUGAAAACUUACCAAGGUUUAAAAUUUUCAUUGUUUAAAGAACUUCUGGCUUUUGAGGAAAACCCAGCUUUCCAAAUAACUAAAAUGCCCAGGACGUAAGCCUCUCAUGUAUGCUCCCCUGAGGGAUGAAGUACUUUUCCAGGCCUCAUACCUGUAAUCUGCUCGGGGAAUUCUGAUAUUCAGAGCAAGUUGCCCAUUUUGCAAAAUCUGAUGCAAGUUCCAUAAAGGACAUUGUAGGUCAUGUGAUUUUGAUUUGUGGAUUUUCCCCUGACUUUUUCAAGAGGAAAACAUUAACUCAUCCCUAUCUAUUGUGCGUAGUCUGCCUGUUUACCACUGCCCCAGCCCCAGGGUGUGCCCUUGUUUGCCAACAUGGAGACACGGCUCCCUAGCUUCGGGGAAAGUGGCGAGUGCUGUGUGCUUGUCACUCCGCACCUGGUCCCUCCUGGGUGCGGCGCCUGCAGGUCCUGAGCCAGGCGCCCAGGUCAGAACGGAGGUUCUGGGGGCCGAAUGGAAGCAGGCAACCCUCCCUGCUUGGUGGGCUUUCGGGUUUUUCAGUUUUGUUUUAGGUUUUCUUUUUUUUUUUUUUUCAUUUCCCCUUCAUCCCCUGGCAUAAUGAGGCAUGUCUUAGUCAAUGUUAUGCAAUGGACUUUUAAGAAAACUCACUUAGUGUCAGCCACACAAUUUUUUUUAAUGCAGUAUAUUCACCUGUAAAUAGUUUGUGUAAAAUUUGACAGAAAAGUAUAUUUACUACACUGUAAAUACAUGUGAUGAUAUAUUGUAUUAUUUUGCUUUUUUGUAAAGCAGUUAGUUGCUGUACAUGGAUAACAAACAAAAAUUUGAUUAUUCUCGUGUUAGUAUUGUUAACUUUUUCCUGCGACUGCGUUGCAUCGGUUAAAGAAAAUGCUGUGUAUUAUAAACUUACAUUGUAUAUGAUAACUCCCUCUCCUUUCCAUCGGACCUCCACCUCGGCCGUUCCCUGGUCUGCACCCCUGUAACAUUGUAAGCAGCUGUUCGCCAGCAGGAGAAAUACUGCCCAACAGACAAAACCGGUCAUUGUAGGGGACAUCGUAGAAUCCUAUUCAGACCAUUGUUCCCCACCCCAUUUUCCUCCCUGUGUAUGUACAACCCCCCCCCCCCUUUUUUAAGUAAAAU